ACCGUGUACGCCGCUAUACACAAUUUAAAUUAAUGAUAAUAAACUGAAAUCGCUCCCAAAAUAUCGAUUAAAGUCCGUGUGUCGCCAGUUUGAUUAGAUAAUAUUCAAUAAAACUUACCAGCAAUAGUAAUUGGACACCUAAUUUCGAGCACAAUGGUCAACUGGGGAAUGAUUGGGGCCAUUAUAACGCCCAAUGUUGGCGGUUGGGUUGGCGCUCUGACAAUGAGUGGGAAGGUCAAGCAGCCUGAUGGUAAGGCCUGGUACCAGACCCUGAACAAACCUUCUUGGACCCCGCCUUCCUGGCUGUUUGGACCCGCUUGGACGACACUAUACUGCGGCAUGGGUUAUGCUUCGUACCUCGUUUAUACAGAGUGUGGUGGUUUUACAGAUGACGCUGUUCUUCCACUGUCGUUGUACGCUGGCCAGCUGUUGCUCAACUGGGCCUGGACCCCUAUUUUCUUUGGAAAACAAAAAAUGGGAUUGGGUUUCGCCGACAUGCUAGCCCUGGACGCGACAGCAGUGGCCUGCACCUACAGCUUCUACAACAUCGAGCCGACCACCGCCUACUUCAUGGUGCCCUACCUCGGCUGGCUGUCCUUCGCGACCUGCCUCAACUACUCCAUUUGGCAGCGCAACAAGCCUGGCAGAGGAAGCAAGAAAAUAAGCAGCGAUGAUGAGAAUUAAAGGCAAAGGGAAUAUUUUUACCACCAUGUUUACCUACUUCAACGAAAAGUUCAGUGAAUAUUACAAAACGCAUAUUUUAAUAAACCACAAAAUGUUUUACUUGUUAUGCCUUAUAAAAGGUUAAGAAAAAAAUAACUCGAAAUUGAAACCAAAACUGAGAUUUUUCACAUUCACAAUUUACUUUUUAUAUGUAGUGUAAGUUUAAGUAAUGUUAAAGCACUUUAUUUCAAACAUAGAAUGGUAGAAGUCACUGUUGUUGGUAAUUGGAGCUCGUCAAAUGCACUUUCAGGUACAAAAAAAUGCACUGGAUUAAUUCAAUUGUUUUUGUUACGAAGUAGCACUAGAUUAAAUCAAUUAAUUGUUUUUGUUACCACAUAAUGAGGGCUUGUAAAGUAGGUGUCGCUAGCGGCGUUAUUGGGUAUUUGCACCAUUGAAAGACGUUUCAAUGAAAUGAUGGUUCUCUAUUUUGCAUUUACUAGAUGACGCUAGUGUAGUUUAAAGUCGUGCCUCUCUAACUGACUAAAAGUCAUAGUCCAAGUUUACAGUUUUCAAUAGUUUGUUGUAAAAGAGACCUUAGUAUUAAAGUAAUAAAGAUUAAACAGCGACGUUAGUACUGACUAGCGUCAUUGGAGUCAAAGGUGCAAUAAAUGACGUCAUAAUCAGUUUUACUGCCGUACUCAGAGUCAUUUAAUGGUUACUUAACCCAAUCCUUACCAAUUGUUUUCGGAACAAAAUCGUUACUAAGGAAUAGUUUAAGUAAUCAUUAAAUCAGUCUUUGAGUGCGGCAGUUAAUCAUCACAUUAUUAAUAUGUCUUAAUUAUUAUACUGCCAAAUAUACCUACCUCAAAUAUUGUAAUAAAAUAAAAUGACAAUGUUUAUUUUUAGUAUUGUACAUUUAUAUUUCACUUAAUCAAUAAAUAUACACUAUACACGAAAGUAUUA